AUGGUCCAGAGUACGGUAUCCCAAUUGGUCUCCAGAAGGGACUCUCUGCUGCCACCAAGCUCAUGGGAUGUGCUUUGUUCGCUUACUACCCAUUCGCUGCUAUUGCUCACCAGAAGGCCAAGAAGCAAAUCACCUCUGAUUAAAUUGUUUGAUCAAUGUAGCAAUCAAUCACUUACAGAUGGCACCUUGCCUUUGUUCCAUCAUCGACACACGAGUCGUCAACAACUACUUCUUCUCCAGGUUGGAUUAACAACUCGAAUAAUUAUUAAUAAUAAACUUAUAAUACUCAAA